UUCUCGUGCCCGUUUCUCCGCGCUUCGCUCGCCCCCUUCCGGCCUUCCCCCGUCGGUUCCUCCGUCUCCCUCCAAAUCCUCCACCUCCCAUCCCGCCUCGCUCGCUAGGGUUUCUCCCUGCCAAAUCCUCCUCCCGUCUCGUCUCGGCUCGGCGGCGCCGAUGGCGGGCAGCGCGGCGCAUUCGGCCUCCACCAGCGGCGGCGGCGGGGGAAGCGAGGGCGGCUCCCCCUCCGGCCACGCCGCGCCGGGCAAGCAGGGCGCCGCCGCCUCGGCCUCCGCCUCCACGCCGGCCAGCGAGACCACCGUCGCCCGCCGCCUCGACGGCCUCGACAUCCAGGGCGACGAUGCGCCCUCGUCGCAGGCCACCACGAGCAAGAAGAAAAAAAGGGGACCUGGGACACGUGCAACAGGGCCUGAGAAGGGUGGUCGCGGAUUGCGCCAAUUCAGUAUGAAAGUUUGUGAGAAAGUCGAAAGCAAAGGGAGAACAACCUACAAUGAGGUGGCAGAUGAACUUGUAGCUGAGUUUGCAGAUCCCAACAGUAGUAGUUUUGUAUCACCGGAUCCUGAUAACACUAACGCACAACCAUUUGAUGAAAAAAAUAUACGGCGAAGGGUUUAUGAUGCACUGAAUGUCCUGAUGGCUAUGGAUAUUAUAUCUAAAGAUAAAAAGGAAAUUCAGUGGAAGGGCUUGCCUCGUACAAGUAUGAAUGAUGUUGACGAUUUGAAGGCGCAGAUAUUUGGACUGAAAGGUAGGAUUGACAAGAAAAAUGCAUAUUUGCAGGAAUUACAAGAUCAAUUUGUAGGUCUUCAAAACUUGGCACAGCGAAACGAACAGCUUUAUGGUUCAGGAAACGCUCCUUCUGGAGGAGUGGCAUUGCCAUUUAUAUUGGUCCAGACACGUCCUCAUGCUACAGUAGAAGUGGAGAUAUCGGAAGAUAUGCAGCUGGUACAUUUUGAUUUCAACAGUACUCCAUUUGAACUGCAUGAUGAUUCCUUUGUAUUGAAAGCACUGGGGUUCUCUGGCAAAGAACCAAAUGGUGCUGAAGACCAGGUUGCAAAUGGAGGUGAGUGCUCAAGCACACCAAACAUCUAUCAUCAAUCGCCCCAAGUUGCAAGGCCGAAUGGAGUUAGACUACCAACCUCGCCCCCUAUUCCUGGUAUACUGAAAGGGCGUGUCAAGCAUGAACAUUAGGCAUUAGUAUGAUUUGUUGGUGUGAGAUAUUUGGUUUGUUACUCCCCAAUUUUCCCUUUUGUAACUUUACAUGUAGAAAGAGCCUGUACAUUAGGUCAAUGGGGGAAAAGUGGUGGUCUAGUUUAGCUUCACUGGUAGCAGAUCGAUGGGCAUGUUGACAAAACAUAUGCCUAACUUAACUUUUGUAGGAUUCAGCUUUCUGGUUUUAGUAAAUCAAUAUUGUACUAAUGUAAUUGUGAAGUACUGUCUUAUCGAUAUUCAUCUCAUUUAGGAUGAACAUUCCAGGUUGCUCUUGUCAUGUUAAUUGGACAAGAGGAACUUGUUGGUCAGAAUGUCAGAUUCAUAUGAAGUUU